UCGUAUACAAAACGUUCUACAAAGCGACUACUCAAACCAAGCGAAAACAAAAUGGCCGACUCAGCACCAGCACCAGCAGCAGCAGCAGCUCCAGCCGCCGCUUCACCAGCUGCCAAGAAAGCAAAGGCACCAAAAGCCAAGAAGCCAGCGUCGAAACCAACCCACCCACCGACAGCCACUUUGGUUAACGACGCAAUCAAAGCAUUGAAGGAACGCGGUGGCUCAUCGUUGCAAGCAAUCAAGAAGUACAUCGCUGCCAACAACAAGGUCGAUGCCGAGAAAUUGGCUCCAUUCAUCAAGAAGUACUUGAAGGGUGCAGUCGAAAAGGGAACAUUGGUUCAAACCAAAGGCAAAGGCGCAUCCGGCUCAUUCAAAUUGUCGGCUGCCGCUCUCAAGCCAAAGGUCGAAAAGAAGAAGCCGGUGAAGAAAGCAAAGGCCGACAAACCGAAGAAGCCAAAGGUAGCAAAGAAACCAGCUGCCAAGAAGGAAGGUGCCAAGAAGAAGCCAGCCGCAAAGAAAGCCGUUUCGGACAAAGCCAAAGCAGCGAAGAAAGUCGGUACACCAAAAGUGAAAUCGGCUAAGCCAAAGGUGAAGGCUCCAUCAAAGCAAAAGGCAACCAAACCAUCGAAGUCUGCUGCACCAAAGAAGCCAAAGACACCAAAGCCAAAAACUGCAAAGAAACCAGCUGCAGCCAAAAAACCAAAGGCUGCCAAGGCACCAAAAGCAUAAACGAUUCACAGUCAGUGACUGUCAUAAAAAAUCCCUCGAUAUUCGAGACAAAAACAGCUCUUUUCAGA